GUGUCCAAGCUGCUACAUAUAAUACUCUCUCAACAUCCAGACGUCUCGCCUAUUGAAGUGUCCCAUCGACGCCUCCAGCCCUUCUCAACGCCAGUCCGACCUACUUAAGCAACACGCAAUGCAACAGCCUUCGACCGAGCACAGCUGGCGAGAUGACCUCUUCCACCAGACGGUUACCAGGCACAGCACCAAGAUACACGAGUUCUUCGGCCUGUCCCCGUCGGCCAGCCCCACAACCGACACCAGCAGCCGGGGCAGGAUCGUCUCCGUGAUCUCUCAGCCGGUCGAGACAGAGCCACCACUCGCACCGCUCGAGAGAAGAAAGCGCUUUGCCCUUUGCCGCGGCGCAGGUGACAUAGUUUUGCGCGCAGGACAGUUCCUGGCGGCUCUGAUCCAGUCCUUCCGCCCGAUCUGGUUCACACCCUCAACCUCCCUCGCAACCCUCGCUCUCGCAAUCCGACUCCUCCCACCAUCAGGCAUCUCCUUCCCAGCGCUAAUCCCCAUCUCCACAGCGCUCUACCUCGCGUCACUGGCCCUGUUCGUCCCAAGCUCCCUGCUCUUCCUCCUACAGACACUAUUCUUCCCUUCCCGGCGGCGGCGGACUACAACAACACCCCGGAACGAGUGCAGUCUCGAACUAGGCUACCUGUCCUCCUGGCCGACAACAUUCAUGCUGUACGUCGCGUUCGGCGGGUUCGCGGCCGCCGAGGGCAGGGUGGGUAGUAGUAGUGACAGAGCGUUCGUGCUGGCGGUGUACGUGGCGUGGUGGGUGGGCGCGGCGUGGUGCGGCGCCACGGUGCUGUACGUGCUGGCCGUGCUGCUGUCGCUGCGCGUGCACGGGACGAGCCGUACGCCCGGAGGGAGGUUCGCGCCGCUCGUCGGGCUGGCUAUGUGUCUGUGGGGAGCUGCGACGGUGGCGCUGGUUGGUGGGGUGCUGGCGGCGCUGAGGGUGAGGACUGUAAGUCACGGCGAUGAUGGAGCGCGACUGCUGGGAGAUGAUGGGAUCCUGUCGGGUGGCCUGGCGGCUCCUGUGGUGGUGGUUCCGAUCUGCACCGUCGGCGCGGCGCUCUUCAUGGCCGGCUUCACCUACGCCGUGCUGCUGCAUGAGUUGGUGCUGGUCACGGGAUGGCCGCCGCCCGAGCAGACGGCCGCCAUGUUCUUUCUUGUUGCGCCGUUCGCGCAGUGCGCGGCUGCGCUGCUAAUCCUGGCCCAGGCGGCGGGGCGGAGCGGCGGGGGUCAGGUUGUGGCUGCGUCUUCGGUUGGACGCAAGGUCGUUGCCAACAACGACAACAAGACUAUGAUGCUCGAGGGAUUCACGGCGAUGCCGGCGCUGGAGAUAAUGUGCGUCGUCCUGGCGCUGCUGAUAGGAGGGGCGGAUGUCGUCUGGUUGGUGUUUGGACUUGUCACGGCGUUUUACCGGCUUUCUCGAAGAGAACUCGCGUGGAAUUCGAGCUGGAAUGGUGUCGUCGCCCCGAUAGCAACGCUCGCGAUUCUGUGCAUACUCUUGGCUACGGCGUUGAGUUCGCCGUUCUUUCGCAUUGCUGGCUGCGUACUCAUAGUCUUCGGUCUUUUGGUUCUGGUUGUCAACGUUGGGUUUUCGGCACGACUGGUGUUUGCUGCAAAGGAGAAGCAGGACACGACUUCGACCGCUUAAACGAGGCAUUGACUCGCAUAUUACGUUAUACCUUUGACCUGCAUGCACCGUUCCUUCCAUUCAUCCAUUGAACGAGUUCUAGCCAAUAGCAAGUUUGGUCGCCUGUUUGUGCAUGUUCAGGUCAUUUGACCAUGAUCUUGGAAGAAGAUGACCUAGGGCAGAACGCCGCCCCGUUGCUCAUUCACAUCCGACGCCGGUAGCCGAGCUGCCGGACUCCACACCUCCGACCCGGCCUGACCGCCAUGAAAAACUCUCGAGCAUAUUUCGGUUUCCCACAGUCAGAA